AUGUCAAGAAUGGCAACGGCCGAUUUAUCUGGACUACCUCCUGAACUGCUGCUUCGCAUUACGGACUGUCUGAAUGCUACAGAACUACUGCCACUCUCUGCAACCAACUGGUCCUUUCGAGACUGUCUGGUACCAGUCAUUUUCAGCACCCUACGUGUUACAAACAGGCGGGAUGAAGCCAAGGUAGCGCUUGACUUGGCCAAGAAGCAUAGCCAACACAUCACGACACUUUCCUUCGAAGGCUAUGCCAGUCCGACGGAGAAUGACCGGGCAACCCGAGGCCGUAGCUGGGGACCAAAAGGAACUUCAACACUACCCGCAGCAACACGGAAUCUACUGACAGGACUUCACCUACCAAAGUUUCGGACUGCCAGAAUACGAUUCGCCUACGAUUAUGCCAGCGAGGACUGGGCCACGGACCCUUCGACAAACGGUCGAACAGCAGGCUUUCACGACUUUGACGCAUCGGAGUUCGACAAGCAGAUCGCGCAGCAAGAGCCGAAAUGGAAAUGGAGAGCCUUAAUGGCUGAAACGUGGCUGGCGCUUGCCCAGAACAAGCAAAUCGAGAAUCUCGAAACUAUCGACUUACCGCCACGAGGGACGACUGCAUUCAUCAAUCCCGCCUUCCAAGACUUCCUACGACGCUUAAAGCGAGUGACCCUCUCGAUUUGGGGAUCCUCAAAAGGAGCCGGCUGGAGAGUCCAAACGUUCCCAGGCUACAUCGCCUUCCUGUCUUGCAUGCACAACUGGUUCUUCAAGCAGCUCGAGACCACCACAACAUUGGCGCUGUCCGCCUCACUAGACGGCCUGCCUGGACUUACGGGGACAUUACUAAGCGGCAUCGCACUCCAGCGCGAUGCGCUCCCAUUGGUCAGCACACUCGAGCUCAGCUUGACAGCCAUCAAUCCAAACCUGAUAGCCUUCAUAUCAGGCCACGCCCAAGCCUCCGAAGUCUCAGCUUCGACCGGUGCCUCUGCACGCCCAACAUCGUCUUGA